AUGGCAGGAUUCUGCAUGGUUUCCAAUGAUAAUGAGAAUAUUUCCAUGCUGAGUUGGUGGCACAGUUAUUCGCCAUGUAUAUCCGCUUCUAUAUACAGAGUUCACCAUAGUCGCUCGAUAACAGGAUGCGAGAAUAUGCUUUUACUUAAAAUUGAUACUUCUGUUGUUGGAUACACUC